UCGAACGUUAUUGGUCGAGCGAAUGCUACGUGCCGCAGUAUAUAAACGAAACAAGCUCUUGAAACUCUCAUUCAACUGGUGAUCGUUGUACGGUGAGGAUAGCUUAUAACGAUUUGAACUUUUAUAACGCAGCAGUAUGUCUGGACGGGCUAGUAGUAGUAAAUCGAAAGGGAAGGCCUCUUCGAAAUCACGAUCUCACCGAGCUGGUUUACAAUUCCCGGUAGGUCGUAUCCAUCGGCUAUUAAGAAAAGGUCAUUAUGCUGAACGUGUAGGUGCUGGAGCACCCGUAUACCUAGCUGCAGUGUUGGAAUAUCUUGCCGCUGAAGUGUUAGAACUGACUGGAAAUGCAGCGCGUGAUAAUAAAAAAACCAGAAUAGUACCGAGACAUGUUCAACUUGCCAUACGUCAUGACGAAGAAUUAAAUAAAAUAUUAUCUGGUGUAACUAUCGCCCAAGGUGGUGUAUUGCCUAACAUCCAAAGUAUUUUAUUACCCAAGAAAUCUGAAAAGAAAGCUUAAUUUAUUAUGCGAUUUUUCACGGCCCUUGUUAGGGCCCCAAAAUUUUAUUACGAAGGACUAUAAUCGUCACAUUUUUCUAAUUUAUCAAGUAUUUUUUAAGUAAUACUUUUGACGCGUUUGGUAAAAAAUGAUGAAAGUGAAUUUUUACGAUGCACGUGCGUGCAAAUGAUAUGAAAAAAUUAACAUCAUGAAGUUAGUCGACAAACUGAAGUUUAGGUGGACUGUUAUCUAUAUUCAAAACAUUUAUUCUGGUAUUUCUAUAUACACAACACGUGUUUUAUAUCGAAACAAAUAAAAAUUAUGUAUGUGUUUUGAAGUUAUUUUAUUAUUACAUACGGUGGUGAUAAAUAUUAAUUAACUGUUAGUAUCUUCAAAAUCAUUGAUUGUUUGUAAAUAUUAGUAAUAAAAGUAUUUUUUGAGAUUAA